ACGCCCUGGGAGCCCCCUCCAAUCUCUGCUGCAGUGGCUCGGUCCAUGUCUGCUGUCCAGGCCCUGUCAAUCUCUGCCUGGUGUGACCUGCCUGUCCAAGUCUUGGGGUUUAUGCUAGCCCCUCUGAACUGUGUCCUGCUAGUUCCAGCCUUAGGAGACCCUACUGACGUCCCCGUGGAAGACCCGCCUGACGUCCCAGUGGAAGACCCGCCUGACGUCCCCGUGGAGGACCCGCCUGACGUCCCCGUGGAGGACCCGCCUGACGUCCCCGUGGAGGACCCGCCUGACGUCCCCGUGGAGGACCCGCCUGACGUCCCCGUGGAGGACCCACCUGACGUCCCCGUGGUAGACUCGCCUGACGUCCCCGUGGAAGACCAGCCUGACGUCCCCGUGGAGGACCCUCCUCACCGAGGUGUUCAGUAUCCUGUCGUAGGUGACACCUCACCCUCUGUCCUACUAGGUCCUCAGUCUAUAGCCCCUAUAGUCCCAGUAGGUCCAGAGCAUCUUAGCCCUCAGUUCCCUGUUCACCAAUAUUACACUUUAUAUACAUCACAGAAGACUGAAACAUAACAAAACCGUUUGAUAAAAUCUGAACGGCGCCGGAGAAGAUGGCUGCCGUUUUACAGCCCUCUAACCAAUUGUACUAUUAUGUGUGUUUUUCCGCGUUAUUUGUAAUUUAUGUUGUACAUAAUGUUUCUGCCAUCGUCUCUUAUAACCAAAAAGAGCUUCUGGAUAUCAGGACAGCGAUUACUCACCUCGUAUUGGACGAAGAGUUUUUUCUUUGACAAGGCGGCCGCGAAGGAUAUCCUAGAGACACCUGACAAGGUCCAAAUCCCCGUCAUUCGCAUGAGGAAGAGACAGAGAUAUCGUGGACGUACAGUGGGGAAAAAAAGUAUUUAGUCAGCCACCAAUUGUGCAUGUUCUCCCACUUAAAAAGAUGAGAGAGGCCUGUAAUUUUCAUAAUAGGUACACGUCAACUAUGACAGACAAAAUGAGAUUUUUUUUUCCAGAAAAUCACAUUGUAGGAUUUUUUAUGAAUUUAUUUGCAAAUUAUGGUGGAAAAUAAGUAUUUGGUCACCUACAAACAAGCAAGAUUUCUGGCUCUCACAGACCUGUAACUUCUUCUUUAAGAGGCUCCUCUGUCCUCCACUUGUUACCUGUAUUAAUGGCACCUGUUUGAACUUGUUAUCAGUAUAAAAGACACCUGUCCACAACCUCAAACAGUCACACUCCAAACUCCACUAUGACCAAGACCAAAGAGCUGUCAAAGGACACCAGAAACAAAAUUGUAGACCUGCACCAGCCUGGGAAGACUGAAUCUGCAAUAGGUAAGCAGCUUGGUUUGAAGAAAUCAACUGUGGGAGCAAUUAUUAGGAUAUGGAAGACAUACAAGACCACUGAUAAUCUCCCACGAUCUGGGGCUCCACGUAAGAUCUCACCCCGUGGGGUCAAAAUGAUCACAAGAAAGGUGAGCAAAAAUCCCAGAACCACACGGGGGGACCUAGUGAAUGACCUGCAGAGAGCUGGGACCAAAGUAACAAAGCCUACCAUCAGUAACACACUACGCCGCCAGGGACUCAAAUCCUGCAGUGCCAGACGUGUCCCCCUGCUUAAGCCAGUACAUGUCCAGGCCCGUCUGAAGUUUGCUAGAGUGCAUUUGGAUGAUCCAGAAGAGGAUUGGGAGAAUGUCAUAUGGUCAGAUGGAACCAAAAUAUAACUUUUAGGUAAAAACUCAACUCAUCGUGUUUGGAGGACAAAGAAUGCUGAGUUGCAUCCAAAGAACACCAUACCUACUGUGAAGCAUGGGGGUGGAAACAUCAUGCUUUGGGGCUGUUUUUCUGCAAAGGGACCAGGACGACUGAUCCGUGUAAAGGAAAGAAUGUAUGGGGCCAUGUAUCGUGAGAUUUUGAGUGAAAACCUCCUUCCAUCAGCAAGGGCAUUGAAGAUGAAACGUGGCUGGGUCUUUCAGCAUGACAAUGAUCCCAAACACACCGCCCGGGCAACAAAGGAGUGGCUUUGUAAGAAGCAUUUCAAGGUCCUGGAGUGGCCUAGCCAGUCUCCAGAUCUCAACCCCAUAGAAAAUCUUUGGAGGGAGUUGAAAGUCCGUGUUGCCCAGCGACAGCCCCAAAACAUCACUGCUCUAGAGGAGAUCUGCAUGGAGGAAUGGGCCAAAAUACCAGCAACAGUGUGUGAAAACCUUGUGAAGACUUACAGAAAACGUUUGACCUGUGUCAUUGCCAACAAAGGGUAUACAACAAAGUAUUGAGAAACUUUUGUUAUUGACCAAAUACUUAUUUUUCCACCAUAAUUUGCAAAUAAAUUCAUUAAAAAUCCUACAAUGUGAUUUUCUGGAUUUUUUUUCUUCUCAUUUUGUCUGUCAUAGUUGACGUGUACCUAUGAUGAAAAUUACAGGCCUCUCUCAUCUUUUUAAGUGGGAGAACUUGCACAAUUGGUGGCUGACUAAAUACUUUUUUCCCCACUGUAGGUCGUGGUGCCUUGUAAGGAUCCGACGGCGAGCGAGUAAACUGCCGCUCCCAUCAAUCCUAUUAGCCAAUCUUCAAUCAUUGGAGAACAAAUUGGAUGACCUAAGAUUACGGUUAUCCUACCAACCGGACAUUAAAAACUGUAAUAUCUUAUGUUUCACCGAGUCGUGGCUGAACGACGACAUGGAUAACAUACAGCUAGCUGGCUAUACGCUACAUCGGCAGAAUAGAACGGCUGACUCUGGUAAGACAAGGGGUGGCGGUCUGUGUAUAUUUGUAAACAACAGCUGGUGCACAAAAUCAAAUACUAAGGAAGUCUCAAGGUUUUGCUCGCCUGAGGUAGAGUAUCUUAUGAUAAGCUGUAGACCACACUAUUUACCAAGAGAGUUUUCAUCUAUAUUUUUCAUAGCUGUCUAUUUACCACCACAAACCAAUGCUGGCAUUAAGAUUGCACUGAAUGAGCUGUAUAAGGCCAUAAAUCAACAGGAAAACGCUCAUCCAGAUGCAGCACUCCUAGUGGCCGGGGACUUUAAUGCAGGGAAACCGGUCUACCUCAUUUCUACCAGCAUGUUAAAUGUGCAACCAGAGGAAAAAAAACUCUAGACCACCUUUACUCCACACACAGAGCCGCAUACAAAGCUCUCCCUCGCCCUCCAUUUGGCAAAUCUGACCAUAACUCUAUCCUCCUGAUUCCUGCUUAUAAGCAAAAACUAAAGCAGGAAGCACCAGUGACUCGGUUAAUAAAAAAGUGGUCAGAUGACGCAGAUACUAAGCUACAAGACUGUUUUGCUAGCACAGACUGGAACAUGCUCCGGGAUUCUUCAGAUAGCAUUGAGGAGUACACCACAUCAGUCACUGGCUUCAUCAAUAAGUGCAUCGAUGAUGUCGUCCCCACAGUGACCGUACAUACAUACCCCAACCAGAAGCCAUGGAUUACAGGAAACAUCCGCACUGAGCUAAAGGGUAGAGCUGCCGCUUUCAAGGAGCGGGACUCUAACCCGGAUGCUAAUAAGAAAUCCCGCUAUGCCCUCCGACGAACCAUCAAACAGGCAAAGAGUCAAUACAGGACUAAGAUUGAAUCGUACUACACUGGCUCUGACGCUCGUCGGAUGUGGCAGGGCUUGAAAACUAUUACAGACUACAAAGGGAAGCACAGCCAUGAGCUGCCCAGUGACACAAGACUUCCAGACGAGCUAAACCACUUCUAUGCUCGCUUCGAGGCAAGCAACACUGAAGCAUCCAUGAGAGCACCAGCUGUUCCAGAUGACUAUGUGAUCACGCUCUCCGUAGCCGAUGUGAGUAAGACUUUUAAGCAGGUCAACAUUCACAAGGCCGCAGGGCCAGACGGAUUUCCAGGACGUGUACUCCGAGCAUGUGCUGACCAACUGGCAAGUGUCUUCACUGACAUUUUCAACAUGUCCCUGACUGAGUCUGUAAUACCAACAUGUUUCAAGCAGACCACCAUAGUCCCCGUGCCCAAGGACUCUAAGAUAACCUGCUUAAAUGACUACCGACCCGUAGCACUGACGUCUGUAGCCAUGAAGUGCUUUGAAAGGCUGGUCAUGGCUCACAUCAACAGCAUUAUCCCAGAAACCCUAGACCCACUCCAAUUUGCAUACCGCCCCAACAGAUCCACAGAUGAUGCAAUCUCUAUUGCACUCCACACUGCCCUUUCCCACCUGGACAAGAGGAACACCUACGUGAUAAUGCUAUUCAUUGACUACAGCUCAGCAUUCAACACCAUAGUGCCCUCAAAGCUCAUCACUAAGCUAAGGAUCCUGGGACUAAACACGUCCCUCUGCAACUGGAUCCUGGACUUCCUGACAGGCCGCCCCCAGGUGGUAAGGGUAGGUAACAACACAUCUGCCACACUGAUCCUCAACACGGGGGCCCCUCAGGGGUGCGUGCUCAGUCCCCUCCUGUACUCCCUGUUCACCCAUGACUGCAUGGCCAGGCACGACUCCAACACCAUCAUUAAGUUUGCCGACGACACAACAGUGGUAGGCCUGAUCACAGACAACGAUGAGACAGCCUAUAGGGAGGAGGUCAGAGACCUGGCCGUGUGGUGUCAGGAUAACAACCUCUCCCUCAACGUGACCAAGACAAAGGAGAUGAUUGUGGACUACAGGAAAAAAAAGAGGACUGAGCACACCCCCAUUCUCAUCGACGGGGCUGUAGGGGAACAGGUUGAGAGCUUCAAGUUCCUUGGUGUCCACAUCACCAACGAACUAUCAUGGUCCAAACACACCAAGACAGUCGUGAAGAGGGCACGACAAAGUCUAUUCCCCCUCAGGAGACUGAAAAGAUUUGGCAUGGGUCCUCAGAUCCUCUAAAAAUUCUACAGCUGCACCAUCGAGAUCAUCCUGACUGGUUGCAUCACCGCCUGGUAUGGCAACUGCUUGGCCUCCGACCGCAAGGCACUACAGAGGGUAGUGCGUACGGCCCAGUACAUCACUGGGGCCAAGCUUCCUGCCAUCCAGGACCUCUAUACCAGGCGGUGUCAGAGGAAGGCCCUCAAAAUUGUCAAAGACUCCAGCCACCCUAGUCAUAGACUGUUCUCUCUGCUACCGCACGGCAAGCGGUACCGGAGUGCCAAGUCUAGGUCCAAAAGACUUCUCAACAGCUUCUACCCCCAAGCCAUAAGACUCCUGAACAGCUAAUCAUGGCUACCCGGACUAUUUGCACUGACCCCCACUCCAUCCUUUUACGCUGCUGCUACUCUGUUAAUUAUUUAUGCAUAGUCUCUUUAGCUCUACCCACAUGUACAUAUUACUUCAACUACCUCAACUAGCCGGUGCCCCCGCACAUUGACUCUGCACCGGUACCCUACUGUUAUUUUAUUUUACUUCUGCUCGUUUUUUCUCAACACUUUUUUUGUUGUUGUUUUAUUUUUACUUUUUUGUUAAAAAUAAAUGCACUGUUGGUUAAGGGCUGUAAGUAAGCAUUUCACUGUAAUGUCUGCACCUGUUGUAUUCGGCGCAUGUGGCCAAUAAAAUUUGAUUUGAUUUGAUACAGAAACAUUGUUUAUUCAUUGAAAUAAUGAAAAUAUUAACAUUACACCCAUGAGGCCACUAGAGGGCGAUUUGGCCAUUUGACUGCAGGAAAGGGGUGUCCUGGUGUUGUGUAGAUGUACUUACAAUACUGCACUGUUUACAUUAGUAUAUUUACUAAGUUUACCAUGUCUACAAGUUCCAUAGCCUCUGUGAACACACAUUUCCUGCUACAGUGUAUAGCCCAUUCUUUAAUACACAAGCCUGUUCUAGCUUGUUAGUCAUUUUAAGCAUAUCAGUGCUAUAGUCUAAGUUUUACCUCUGUUUUCAGAACCACAAUCCUUGUCAGACACAAUUAGUUUCAGAGUGGUGUUGGAUGUGUGUUUGUGUGUGGAUCAUUUAUUAAACCCCCUGAAACUGAAAUGUUGAUUCCUCGUGUUCUGGACGGACACCCUGUGGUGGUUGCUACCGGCCUAAAACCAGCACCCACGUAUUUAAAUUAUCUUUCGAUUCUACAACCUAGCCAUAUUUUUCAGUUCCUAUUGGGCAAAACAUUAUCCAAAAGAAACCUUAAAUUCAUCCAUCAACUUUGUAGUUUCACUUUGCCUACUUUAAUUCACUAUAAGGGAAUUUGUCCAAAUUCUUAUGACUUCUUCAAAUGGAGGGACUAGAUACAUAAAGUGCUUUCAUUUUUAAACGGUGGAACAGAUGUGUAUGAAAAUAUCCUCAAAUAAAAGCUGGCAUUCUGUACUGUCGCUUAAUAUUAAACAUUCUCUCUCAAAUGUAAAAGGCUGGAUUGUUUAGCCAAAUAAAAACAUUUAACUUCACUGUACAAUAACAUUUGGAGGGAAGUGUAGAUCAUGUUUUACAAUAUUUGUUUUCCUUCAAACCUCAGGGUUGGGCCUUGGGGAGAAUGUCUGAGACUUUAAAGUCAGGCAAUGGCUUUGACUAUCCACUGACAGGAGGGGAAGAAACUGAGGGUGACUUAUUUUACUGUUUAGAAUAUUGGCUAAUAAAGGAGAUUUGUCAAAUCAAGAUCAUUUUAAUAUGCAUUAUGCAGAGUAGUAGCAACAUACUGUAGUGGCAUUGUUUGCUUUAAAAGUGUUAAUAUUAAUUUGAUCUCCUCACAGAGGGUUUCGGGCAUGAGGAUGCUGGCAUUGUCUCUCAGGUGAGAAUGUGGAUCUUACAACUUAGUGUCCGUUUCAUUCCUCAAUAACUAAUCAUUGUUGUCAUCCAUGUAAAUAUAUUUUUCGGACAGCCUAAAUAUCCUGCAAGUCUUCCAGUUCUGGAGUUUCCAAAGUCUUUGGUAGGUCUGGUGAGAAGGAAAAGGGAUUGGAUCAUUCCUCCCAUUAACUUCCCAGAGAACGACAGAGGCCCCUUCCCCAAGAAUAUGGUGCAGGUGAGUGAUUGUAGGUUUAUGUUGGCAGGAAAUAUGGUUGGUUCAGGAUUUUGCUCUGGUUUUAACAUUGUUAAUAUUUACAUUCAGAUCAGGUCCAGCAAUGAUAAAGAUGUGAAGAUCCAGUACAACAUCACUGGUCCUGGAGCAGAUCAACCCCCUGUGGGACUGUUCACUGUGGACAAAAACUCUGGGGUUCUCUAUGUGACCCAGCCUUUGGACAGAGAGAGACAAGACCAUUAUGUGGUAAUGUUUGUAAACAAGACAAAUAUCUGGCAAUGUUUGUAAACAAGACAAAUAUAUGUUAAUGUUUGUAAACAAGACAAAUAUCUGGUAAUGUUUGUAAACAAGACAAAUAUAUGGUAAUGUCUGUUUGUGUUUUGUCUUUUGAAUUAUAGAAAUUUGAAUGCAUGUGUUAUUUUGAUUAAAUGAUUAAAUAUUUUCCCCUUUAGCUUGUGGCUCAUGCUGUUGCAGUUGGUUCGGGUAAAGCAGAAGAACCCAUGGAGAUUAUUGUUAAAGUAAUUGAUAUGAAUGACAACAAGCCAGUAUUCACCCAAGAUCCUUUUACAGGGAUUGUCCCUGAAGCAUCCCUACCAGGUGUGUCUCAGUCAACAUUUAGUCAGAUAUCAUAAGCUGAGGUUUAGGAUAAAAGUAAUGUAUCAAUAUUCAAUAUAUUUUUUUCUUGAUGUCAUCCAUGAAAAUAAUGUAUUAUGUUGAAAUAUUUUCUUCUCAGGCUUUGAGGUCAUGGAGGUAACAGCCACCGAUGCAGAUGAGCCUGGCUCAGCCAAUUCUGAUGUCAAAUACACUAUUAUAAGACAAAAACCUGAACAGCCGAGUCCCAACAUGUUUGUCAUCAACCGUGUCACAGGCUGGAUUCGGGUCAAUGCUGCUGGACUGGACAGAGAGGUUAGUGGCUAUACUACUAGCAUGCAAUUUUAACUUAACCGCUACAUUUCUCAAUAUGCUCCAUCUGGUGUCAUUUUCCAGAAAAUUCCAAAAUAUACCUUGGAAAUCCAAGCUGCUGAUAUGGAGGGAUAUGGUCUGACAUCUUUCGGAAAAUCCAUAAUUACGGUAACGGACGUCAAUGACAUGGCUCCUCAAUUUGUGAUGUCUUCGGUAAGUGCACAAUCAGCAAACAGUACUGAUCAUUAAACAGUAAAGGUGACUUAAAGAGGGAAAUAUUUUGAUUGAAGGAUCUGACUUGAGGAAAAUAUGAUAAACUUGAUAAAUGGCAUACAACACAUCUUCUCACAUGUUCUCAAAAUGUAUUUUCUUUUCAGAACACGGUGUCUGUCCCAGAGAAUAAAGUGAAUGCUCUGGUGGUCAAAAUGCCAGUGAUUGAUGGAGAUGAGCCACACUCUUCCAACUGGGCCACAGUGUACAGGAUUGUAGAUGGAGACCCAGGUGGAUUGUUCACUGUUAACACCGGGCCUAACAGACUGGAAGGAAUCAUUACUACAGCCAAGGUACCUGCUUGGUUUUUUGUUUCUUUUUUCAGAUGAGUAUGUGAAUGGAACUGAGUUACAGCAAAUAUGUAUUUGACCGAGGUCUGAAUUUCAUCGUAGAAGCCAAACCAUACAAAUAUUUGACAAAAUUGUUGAUGUUUUUGUCAUUGUGUCAUGAACCUAGCUGUAUCUCGUUCCCGUUUAGCCCCUUGACUUUGAGAAGAACAAUCGCUACACCCUGUUGGUGACUGUGGAGAAUGAGGUCCCAUUUGCCAUCCGCCUGCCCACCUCCACUGCCACAGUCCAGGUGAAUGUGGAGGAUCUGAAUGAACCUCUUGUCUUUGACCCAGUGGAAAAGGUUGUUUCCAUAUCUGAACACCUGCCAGUGGACAGUGACUUGGUUCUGUAUAACUAUGAUCCAGACAUCAGGCACAUAAACUCAUGUGAGUUCAUGAAUCUUUCUUUAUCUGCAAUGAUUAAAUUGAGUUGAGGCCCUGGUAUAUAAAUGGAGUAGAGAGUACAUUAUGCAGAUAAGUCAAUUCAUUAUUAUAACAAGCACGUUAUGAUGAAGUACAUCAGAUGCAAUAUGCAUUAAGAUUACAAAGACUUGUGAAUGGCGAUUUUUAACUGUCACAACCCUGGCUCUGGGACUCUAAUGUUGAGCCGGUGCUGUUCUUCUUUGUGUUUAUUUCUAUGUUUGGUAAUUCUGGGUGUUUAUUUUCAUGUUGGCUAGAGUGACUCCCAAUCAGAGGCACGAGUGCAGCUGUCGUUGGUUGUUCUGAUUGGGAGCCUAUUUAUACUGUGAAUUUUCCCUUGUGUUUGUGGCUCUUGUUCCGUGUUCGGUCAUUGUUACCUGGACUUCACGAGUCGUUCUCUGUUUUUGUAUCGUGUUUACACUUUAACUAAUUUUAACUCAAUAUACUGUAUGUUCUAGGUAUCGCAUGUACAGAGAUCCUGCUAAAUGGCUGGACAUCAACAGCGAGACUGGAAUGAUCAAAACCAAACACCCUCUGGACAGAGAAUCUCCCUUUGUCAAAGAUGGCAAAUACAGAGUUCUCAUUCUCGCAAUCGAAAGUGGUAUUUUGAUUUCGUUGUAAUAUCGUUCACCAGCAGGCUUCAGCCUGGGAACAAGGUUGAUUUAGUUGUGACUUCUUCAUUACUCCUUUUGAUAAAAGUAUCUUGCUUUGGGUUAUCAGAUGAAAUCCCUGCAACUGCAACUGGAACCAUUCUGAUAGAACUGGAAGAUGUAAACGACAAUGCUCCGACUAUUGAUGACACCCCGUUGAAGCUCUGCAACCAAGACCCCCGUCUAGUGCAUUUGGCGGUGACAGACAGAGAUGGCCCAAACUUUGCUGAACCCUUCAGUGUAGAACUUCUGAAAGGGUCCAAGAUGUAUUGCACUGCCCAAAUGGACAAAACAGGUGAGAAAUAGGGGGACAUGUCUUUUAAUGGUUUUGCAACCUUUAGUGUCAAAACUGCACUGCAGGUGCACAGUUCAUUGCUUUUCACAUAUUCACUCUGCAUUAGUCUGUUGAAUUUUAUUCAUAAUAUCAACAGACCAAGUAUGUCAUUUUGUCUGCAUGUUCUUUUGACAACAUCAACAUAUUCUUCACAUUCAAGGUUGAAAUAUGUCCCCUUUUUCUCCUGUCCCAGGAACUGUGGUUGAAUUGACAUUCAAGGCCAUGAGGGAGCAGAGAAACUUCUACAUUGAUCUGACGGUCACUGAUGCUGGCGGGCUGAACCAAGACCAUGUCAUUCACGUCACCAUGAAUGAGGACAGGUGCAUGACCUGGGGGGAUUUCUGUGUUAGACCCUGACAUAGAUGAACAUUUUGACAUUUUCUUAGCGUUUUUAUAGCUAGCAGAGCUGGAUUGCUUGUUUUGCAAAGGUUGUCACUUUAUUUGACAUCAGGGGUAAGUCACAAAGUCAGAAAUAAGUCAAAACAUUCACAGCUGAAUUCGCCAAUAAUUUCCCCAUCAAAGUACUGACAAAGGGUCGCAGUUACUUAUGUCAAGACAUGUUUUUUAGUUUAAUUAAUUACAAUUUUCUAAAAAUAAAAUGUCACUUCAAAAUGUUGGAGCUAGAUGUGUACAACAAUGAUAAAAAGCAUAAUUUAAUGCAUUUUUACAUUUAAAGGCAAAUGUGGGUUUGAAUACAUUUCCUAGGGAAAUUAUUUUACCAUUGUUAUGACGGUUACUUGUUUUUUAUUUCCAUGGAGAACAUGAUCAUUUGCAUGAUUGCAGAGAGCUUUAUGCAUGUUGUUUCUGG